UGCUCGUCCUCAGCUUGCUCCGGAUCGUGAAAGCAGACUAAGUUGUUUCUCUUGGAACGUUGCGGAUUGCUUCCACAAAACUAGGUAGGAGAAUGGCAUCAAUGGGACUCCAGAUUCUGGGCAUAGCCCUGUGUGUGUUCGGGUGGCUGGGCGCUCUUCUCACCUGCGUGCUGCCCAUGUGGAGAGUGACCGCUUUCAUUGGGAACAACAUCGUGGUGGCGCAGAUUAUUUGGGAAGGUCUUUGGAUGAACUGCAUUGUUCAGAGCACUGGGCAGAUGCAAUGUAAGGUGUACGAUUCCCUGCUAGCCCUCUCCCAAGAUCUCCAGGCUUCCAGAGCUCUGACCGUUAUCUCCCUCGUGGUGGGAGUCCUGGGCAUCCUCAUCUCCAUUGUGGGAGGAAAAUGCACCAACUGUAUAGAAAACGAGGCAACAAAGGCCAAAGUCACAAUUAUAUCGGGAAUUAUCUUCAUCCUGGCUGGAGUCUUGACCCUGAUCCCAGUGUCCUGGUCAGCGAACACCAUCAUCAAGGAUUUCUACAACCCGCUGGUGACGGACGCCCAGAGGAGAGAACUUGGAGCUUCCUUGUACAUCGGUUGGGGAACCUCGGGUCUGCUGAUCCUCGGAGGGGCUCUGCUCUGCUGUUCCUGCCCUCCCAAAGACGAGAAUUCCUACUCGGCAAAGUAUUCUGCGCCUCGAUCUAUAGCUCCGAGUAAGAACUAUGUGUAACUGAAAAGGAACAGAUCCGAAACAAUUUCCAGAGAUAAGGUCACACCAACACUACGCGUUUUCUACAUUGUUUGCCAAUCCAAGAAUUAAAGCAAUUUACUGUAAAACACUUGAUAAGUAAUUCGCUGUAUAAUUUUCUUUAAAAAGUUCAGUAACUACUAUUAACCGUACGUGCCUGUUAUCUAAGUUCUCAAUAUCAGGAAGGAUUUGAAGUCAGUGAGCUUGCAACCAGCACAAGCUCAGGUACAGGGAUUGCAAAUCUGGCCGGAGUUUGAAAGUAAAGAUGGUUGUGAAAGGGAUAUUGCUGGGAGAUAAUAAAAUUUUAUAAAAUAACCGAUGUUGAGCAGCUGUUUAUAUAAUGUGCGGCAAUGAAAUUGAUUUACCAGUUUAGUCGGCAAUCCUUUUUUGUGAAGGCAUGCUUUAUAAAGCUGUACAGUAACCAGAAUACCUACCUGGCACUAGGAGUAUCUGGACCAAUUGGAAAGAAUCAGCCGCCGCCAUUUCGUAUCUUGUGAGAAAGUGGUAACUGUGAAAUGGGUCUCUACCCUUCCUGAAUAGUUUAGAUCUUUAAGUAACGUGAUAUUAAUACCAAUCAUAUUUGUAUUUCAGUGGCAACUAUGUGAGUGAAGUUAUUUUUUGUCUUUUCAUUUUAUAUUGUUUUCUUAAUGUUACCUCCAUUUAAGUUUAUUUUCUGAAGAUUGUCUGAACCCUUCUUUUCCAAGCCUGGUUGUAUUUAGGGCACUUUAUGUUCAGUGAGCUGGGGACUAAGUAUAUUUGCCAAUCAAAAGGGCCAAAAUAAAAUCCAAAUCUCUUUCA